AUGAGACUUUCAAUUUUUCUUUUAUUUUCUUUUCUGGUACUUGGAAGAUAUUGUUAUGAGAACAAAUUCCGCUUUUCGGGUACUGUUUACUGUAAAAGUGAACACCGAUGGUGUGUCAGGAUUCGGGUGAUUGAGGUGGACACUUUAAUCGAUGAUAGCAUUGCUUCGGACGAUUUCUGUUCCGAUGAGACAACAAAAACUUAUGACAUCGCAGGAACUGAUGAGAAUGAUGGAAUAUUGGAUCGAAAUUUCGAAAUCCAAAUGAUUGUUACCCAUAACUGUAGUCGCAACACAGACACUGUUUUCAAAACGCCCAUCAAGAGAAUUCCACUACCAAAGCAACCGACAGAACACGCUACAAUCCGCCAGCAUCUCAAUCUUAAUAUGAACAGUUCUCAGUGA